GCAGUGACCUGUGAAUGGGGACGCGCUGGAGGUCUUAGCGACGUCUUAUGCAGUGCAUGGAGGGGAACAUCUUGGAUGACCCAUGGCAUGAAUGAUGGGUUCCUCUACAUCUGGGUCCCCUCCCUCACCCCCGUAGGACCGGAUCAUGCCUCCAUCCGCCAGCCCGACCCCUCGGCCCGUAUCCCUUGCUGUAGAGAGACUAGUGGAAGAAACAUCCAAUGCUGCAAGACUGAGCCACAGCUUCCUGUAACUGCAAGCCGAUAUUGGUGGAGGAACAUUUAAUGCGAAAAACCCCACACCCCCUCCUCCCUGCCUCCAAGCUCCUCCUACUCCAUCGUCAUGGCGAUGAACAGUGAUCCUGGUUGCAUGGGGGUGGGCCCUGACCCAGACUCCUCCCAGACCACUGAGAUGACUGACAAGAUGUCUGCGGUGUCGCUAAAGUCCGAUACCUCCUCCAGUGUAGUGAAGAAUGGGACAGGUGUUAAGAAAGCUCCGCCCAAGAGGCCACACCUGUCAGGCAGGAAGAUGUCAUUGCAAGAGAGAGGAACAUACGUGUCUUCUGGGAGCGGGGCUGACCGCUAUUCCCGCAUAGCCAGACAGCCGACCAUCGAGUCCAAACGAGUGUCCAUCUCAGAUUCGCAGGAUUGCACCCAGCUUAACCAGUACAAGUUAAAGAGUGAGAUUGGGAAGGGCUCAUAUGGUGUUGUCAAGUUGGCGUACAACGAGGAUGAUGACAAAUAUUACGCAAUGAAAGUGGUGUCUAAGAAGAAGCUGAUGAAACAGUACGGUUUUCCCCGCCGCCCUCCUCCCCGAGGUCCUAAAGCAGCCCAGGGGGAGCAGCCCAAAGUGCUUGGUCCUCUGGAGAGGGUUUACCAGGAGAUAGCUAUCCUGAAAAAACUGGACCACCUCAACAUAGUUAAACUGGUUGAGGUGCUGGAUGAUCCAGCGGAGGACAACCUUCACAUGGUGUUUGAGCUGAUGCAGAAGGGCCCUGUGAUGGAGGUCCCCAGCGACAAUCCGUUCAGUGAGGACGAGGCCCGCCACUACUUCAGAGACAUUGUUUUGGGCAUCGAGUACUUGCACUAUCAGAAGAUCGUUCACAGAGAUAUCAAACCAUCAAAUUUAUUACUUGGAGAUGACGGUCAUGUCAAGAUCGCAGAUUUUGGGGUCAGUAACCAGUUUGAGGGUAACGAUGCCUUGCUCUCCAGCACUGCUGGUACUCCUGCCUUCAUGGCCCCAGAGACGCUGUCAGACAACCGCAAAAGCUUUAGUGGAAAGGCUCUGGAUGUGUGGGCUAUGGGAGUGACCCUCUACUGUUUAGUGUAUGGAAAGUGCCCAUUUAUUGAUGAGUACAUACUGGCACUUCACAGUAAGAUCAAGAGUAAGCCGGUGGAGUUCCCCGAGACUCCAGCUAUCAGUGAGGGUCUGAAGAACCUGGUCUCACAAAUGCUGGACAAAAACCCAGACACCAGGAUCACCAUUCCUGAGAUCAAAGUGGACCCUUGGGUGACUCAGGAUGGCACUGACCCUUUGCCUUUAGAAGAGGAGCACUGUACCGUGGUGGAGGUCACUGAAGAAGAGGUGCAGAACUCAGUGAAGUUUGUCCCAAGUCUGUCUGCUGUGAUUUUGGUCAAAGCCAUGUUAAGGAAGCGUUCCUUUGGCAAUCCAUUUGAGUGUCCCAGCAGGAGAGAAGAGAGAUCCAUGUCUGCACCAGGCAGUCUGCUCAUGGACUCUUGGCCGUUCCGGCCCUCUUUUAAACUCCAGCCCUCAUUAAGAAAGGGGAGUAGUGGAGAGGCUGGUAGAGAAGUUGAGCUCGAGGACUUGCAUGAGGACGAACCACCCACCUCUUGAGUGUCUUCAUAGAUCCUGAAGCGUUCCUCAUUGUCCUUCCAGCUUUUUGAGCAGAUGAUCAUGACCCAAACCACUCCACUACACUGUUUCCACAGACUUGAGGCUUACCUUU